AUGACCUGGGUGUUCCUGCUGAAGAGGAAGGAGCUCAGGGAGCAGAGUAGCAGCUCCAAGGAGCUCCUCUCACACACAUGGGACCCCAUACCCUCCUCUGUGCUCCCAGAGAAGGGUCCAGCUGCCGGGGGGACGGUGAUCACCAUCAAGGGGGAAGACCUGGACACCGCCACGAAAGACGAUGUCUCUGUUUCUGUCGGAGGAGUUCCCUGUGAAGUGCUAAAGUUCGGCUCUGAGAUCUCGUGUAAAACGGGGAAAUAUCGGGGGCAGAAAGUUACCUCGGAGAGGUUAGUGGUGGCGGUGAAAUACGGGACAAACACGACGAAGGAAAUUCCAUCCGCUUAACAGUACUCGGAAAACCCCAAGAUCACAGAUUUUAACCCCAAGAGCAGCUUCCUAUGCUGGAUGUUUUCUUCUGUGCAGUUUGUUCAGGAGCAUGUGAGUAAGAACGACACGGUGCUUCAGUUUCUCUCUCCGGCGGUGAACUGCUCCGUCGACAGCACGGCGUUGAGAUCUGUCCUCUGGUUGGACGACGAGAAGGAGGAGCUGAAAGGCUUCGACUAUCAUCCCGACCCCUCCUUCAACCAGCUGCUGAAGAACAUCAUCACCGAGACCAGCAUCAUCAUCGUCCACGGUCGAGGUUUCUCUAAAGCCAUGACGGCCAAAGAGGCGCAGGCGUUCAUUGGAGACGCCUCCUGUCCCGUCAACAUCCUGCAGGAUGAUAAGUUGAUCUUGGAGGCUCCCUCCUCUCAGCCCAGAUCUGGAUCUAAACGUCAGCGCAGAGACACGACCAACGACCAGUUGGACCUCGUGGUGAAGUUCGGUCACGGGGAGUGGACGGUGGGCUCCGUUUACUACGCUCAGAGUAAAGACAUCCCUCUGGAGAUCAUCAUCCCCUCAGUUAUCAUCCCCAUGCUCUUCUUCAUCGCCAUCUCCGUCUACUGCUACAGGAGGAAGAGCCAGCAGGCGGAGCGGGAAUACGAGAAGGUGAAACACCAGCUGGAGAAUGUGGAGGAGAGCGUCCGGGACCGCUGCAAGAAGGAGUUCACAGACCUGAUGAUAGAGAUGGAGGACCACACCAGCGAUCUGAGCGAGGCGCGGAUCCCCUUCCUGGAUUAUAAAACGUACACCGACCGGAACUUCUUUCUGCCCACGAAGGACGGCGCGGACGACACCAUGAUCGUCGGGAAAAUACAAAUCCCAGAAGCCCGAAAGGCCAUCGUGGCUCAGGCUCUGAACCAGUUCUCCAACCUGCUGAACAGCAAACCCUUCCUCAUCAACUUUAUCCGUACGUUGGAGAGCCGUCCGGACUUUAACGCUCGUGCUCGCGGUUCCUUCGCCUCUCUGCUGACGGUGGCGCUGCACGGGAAGCUGGAGUAUUACACCGACAUCAUGAGGACGCUGCUGCUGGAGCUGAUGGACGAACACGUGCAGAACAAAAACCCAAAACUCAUGCUGCGCAGGUCAGAGACGGUGGUGGAGAGGAUGCUCUGUAAUUGGAUGUCCAUCUGUAUCUAUCAGUUCCUCAGGGACACAGCAGGGGAGCCUCUCUACAAGCUGUUCAAGGCUCUGAAGCAUCAGGUGGAGAAAGGGCCGGUGGACGCCAAGAUGAAGAAAGCCAAAUACACUCUGAACGACACGGGGCUGCUGGGAGACGACGUGGAGUACUCAGUACUGACUCUGCAGGUGUUGGUCCACGGGGAGGGUCCUGAUGUGACUCCAGUGAAGGUGUUGAGCUGCGACUCCAUCACACAGGUGAAGGAGAAGAUCAUCGACCAGGUGUACAGGAACCUGCCGUACUCUCAGAGACCAGAGGUGGAGAGUGUUGCUCUGGAGUGGCGUCCGUGCUCCACGGGUCAGAUCCUGUCCGACCUCGACCUGACCUCUCAGAAGGAAGGACGCUGGAAGAGACUCAACACGCUCGCUCACUACAACGUUCGAGAUAACGCCACGCUGGUUCUCUCCAGAGUUCUACACUCACAGUCCUUCCACCAGCACCAAGACAACUAUGAAGAGAAGAACGCUCUGCUGGAGGACGACCACACCUUCCACCUGGUGCGUCCAGCGGAUGAAAUGGACGAGGGGAAGUCGAAGAGAGGAAGCAUGAAAGACAAGUCCAUGACGAAGGCCAUCACCGAGAUCUACCUCACCAGACUGCUGUCCGUCAAGGGCACUCUGCAGCAGUUUGUGGACGACUUCUUCCGCAGCGUGUUGUGUUCAGGGGCCGUUGUUCCUCCGGCCGUUAAAUACUUCUUCGACUUCCUGGACGAGCAGGCGGAGCGACACGACAACGUGGACGAGGAGACGCUGCACAUCUGGAAGACCAACAGCUUGCCCCUGCGGUUCUGGGUGAACAUCCUGAGGAACCCUCAGUUCAUCGUAGACGUUCACGUGACGGAGGUCGUGGACGCGUCGCUGCACGUCGUCGCUCAGACAUUCAUGGACGCCUGCACCAAGACGGAGCACAAACUCAGCAGAGAGUCUCCUAGCAACAAGCUGCUCUACGCAAAAGAGAUCUCCACGUACAAGAAGAUGCUGGACGAUUACUACAAGGGCAUCAGAGAGAUGGUCCCUAUCAGCGAUCAGGACAUGAACACACACCUUGCUGAGGUUUCCAGGCAACACACACACGAGCUGAACACCGAGUUGGCCUUACAUCAGCUGUACCAGUACGCCAGCAAGUACUACGAUGUGAUCAUCAAGUCUCUGGACGAGGACCCGGCGGCCCAGAAUAAGCAGCUGACGCUCCGCCUCCAACAGAUCGCCGCCGCGCUGGAGAACAAAGUCACUGACCUUUGACCUUUGACCUCAGUGAAGGUCGGAUACUAAAACACACAGGAUGUUGUUUUUCCCAUGAAUGGACCUAAAAGGAGGACGAGCUCACGGACUCUAAGGAAUGUUUUGACCAUAAUAAGGACUGAAGUGGGAGGAGCCACAGGAAGCUGAUGGCCAUAUAAGGACUGAAGGAGGGAGAUGUUACGAAUGAAUGAAGAUCUUUGGACAAUUUAAGGAGAGAAAACACCAAGAAGGCCAUUUUAAAAUGUGUGAAAUCAAAGGGUUAUUUUUUUAAUUCGGUGUGAUAGUCGGUCCUUUUUGCUUCUCUGCACCACACAAUUUAUUUUAUCAUUCAAGGACUAAAGAAGUGCCACUUUUUGGAUGAAGAAUUUACAUAAAAAGACAUUACCAAAUAUUUUCUUUAUAUGCGACGCAGCCCUUUUUUUUUUGGAAGUACUACCACUUGCGUAUCACAGAACUGUGGAUUUGAGGAGAAUCAGAAUCUUGAUUUAAGGUCAAUAUUUUUUGUUUCCACACUAAACGGCAACAAGAGAAAUCGGAUGUUUUGUCAGUAAAAGAAAAUCGUUUCAUCCUAACGCGUUUAUUUAAUCGACCAAUAGAAACCCACUACGGUACACACCACUGGCCAAUCAGGGCUCUUGGUUGAGGAGAGUGAAUUCAGGGUACGAUGUCCAAAAAAACCACAUAAUUUUAACCUUUUUUUAUCAUAGCCAAAUGUUGUUUUUCAUAUCAGAUCAUGUGAUGACACCACGCAGAUUAUUGCUGAAUAUUUGUUAGUAUUAUUCUCUGUAUGCAGGCUUUCCAUAUAUGAGAAUGAUCUUUUUAAUGGACUGAUACAAAGCCACUUCAUUGCUUUAUUUUGCAAAGUGUUAAUCAGGGUGGUCCAUAUCCAUGUGCAAGAGUGUGUGAGUGUGUGUUCAGCAUUUGUAUCAUCACCGGUUUGCUUGUUUUGACUUCUGCCUAAUCAUGCUUAAAAAACACUUUUAUCAUUUACUGUGAUUUGUUUUUAUAAUCUUUUUAGUUUCACCUCUGAUUGCCCUUCAUAUAUAUAAUGCUGCUUUUCGUUUCUGCGCACAUGUGAGGAGAUGAAGUGUCUUCUGAAGACAGGGUAUCCAUGCAUCCUUCAAAAAGGCGUUGAAUAAAUCAAAAUGUGAGGUGUUAAAUGUAUUAAAUCCAGUUAUUGUAUGGCC